AGUGGCUUGUGUCAUGUCAAAAAGGACAUUUCCUUUUUUUUCGUCGUCUUCUUUUGAUUAGCAAUGAGUUUUAGUGGUUGGAAGAAAUAUAUUGAAGAAGGUGACAUUGUGAUUGUCUAUAUGACAAGAGACAACAUGUUACCUAUUCAUGUCAAAAAAGGUGAUGCCUUUAAUAACCGCUUUGGUUCUUAUAAGCAUGACGAGAUGAUUGGAAAAGAAUUUGGCUCCAAAAUGGUCUCUGCCAACCAUAGAGGUUUUGUUUAUUUACUUCAUCCCACACCUGAACUUUGGACACUUGUUUUGCCUCAUCGUACACAGAUUCUAUAUGUUGCCGAUAUUUCUUUUAUUAGUGCCAUGUUAGAAAUGAAACCAGGUGUGAAUGUGAUUGAAUCAGGCACUGGUUCUGGUUCGUUUUCACACUCGAUUGCACGUACCAUUGCACCUACAGGUCAAUUAUAUUCAUUUGAAUAUCAUCAAGAAAGAGCUUCUAUGGCACAAAAAGAAUUUGACGAUCAUGGAUAUGGCAACAUCAUCAAGAUGCAUCAUCGCGAUGUGUGUAAAGAUGGAUUUCAAAUGAAGGAUCAGGUCAAUGCUGUCUUUUUGGAUCUACCUGCUCCUUGGGAUGCUAUUGGAUCAGCAAAGGAAGCGUUCAAACAAGAUCGCGUUGGCAAGAUCUGUUGUUUUAGUCCUUGUAUUGAACAGGUAGCUAGAUCAGUGACAGCAUUAGAUCAACAUGGAUUUAUUGGUAAGACAGUGAUAGGCUGCCAUGAUGUAACUGACUGGUAUUAGAAAUUACCAUGUAUGAAUGUUUAAUACGUGAACAUACAGUGAUUCCUUAUUCGAAAAUCAGUUUCUCUGAUGCUGUUCAAGACGCAAAAGCCAAACGAUUCUCUCCAGAAAACACACCCGUCAAGAGAAAAUUAGGUAAAGAUGAACCUGUGCCAACACCAGAAGAAAUUCAAGAUUCAGUCAAUUUGAUGCUGGUGUCAAGAACAUUAGGCGAAACAAGAGGACAUACAAGUUACUUGACUUUUGCUACCUUUUUACCUCCUUCUGCUGUUGAAGCCAUCGUGAAUGAAUAAAUCACUAAAUUACAUUGAAACACCGCUUACACUCUUAUCCCCUUUUUUUUUGUUUACAAGUUUCAACUUUUUUCCCUU